AUGGGAGCUAGUCGCAAGUUACAAGGCGAGAUCGAUCGUGUUCUGAAGAAAGUUCAAGAAGGCGUCGACGUUUUUGACAGUAUCUGGAACAAGGUGUAUGAUACGGACAAUGCGAAUCAAAAAGAAAAGUUUGAGGCAGACUUGAAGAAGGAAAUUAAGAAACUGCAGAGAUACAGGGACCAGAUCAAGACAUGGAUUCAAUCCAGUGAGAUCAAGGAUAAGAAGGUUAGUGCAUCUUACGAGCAAGCUCUGGUGGAUGCUCGUAAGACUAUUGAAAAAGAAAUGGAAAGGUUUAAGAUCUGCGAGAAGGAAACUAAGACAAAAGCAUUUUCCAAAGAAGGGCUGGGUCAACAACCCAAAACUGAUCCGAAGGAGAAGGCUAAAUCAGAGACUAGGGAUUGGUUGAAUAAUGUGGUUGGGGAACUAGAAUCUCAGAUUGAUAGCUUUGAAGCUGAGAUCGAGGGGCUCACUGUCAAGAAAGGAAAGACAAGGCCACCCAGACUGACACAUUUAGAGGCAUCCAUUACGCGGCACAAGCUUCAUAUAAAGAAGUUAGAGUUGAUCCUGAGGCUACUGGACAAUGAUGAACUAAGUCCUGAGCAGGUUAAUGAUGUUAAAGACUUCUUGGACGACUAUGUGGAACGUAAUCAGGAAGAUUUUGAUGAUUUUAGUGAUGUCGAUGAGCUUUACAACUCAUUACCGUUAGACAAGGUAGAGUCUCUUGAAGACCUGGUUACGAUCGGUCCUCCUGGUCUUGUGAAGGGUGCACCUGUUAACAGCUUAAAGACUUCUGUGGCAACAUCAGCUCCUCAAACGCCGGCAACUGUUACUUCUACUCAUCAGGGUGCUGUUGCUCAAGAGCAAGCCGAUGAAACUACUUCACAGGAUAUUAAUUCUGAAGUUGCUGCAAGAACUCCUCCUACCAAAAAUAGUGUGGUUGGUUCUGCUGCUGCAUCAACACCAACUGGGAAUCACACACCUAUUUCUGUGAAUGUCCAGGUUCCAACAGUGCCUGGUUUGUCAGUACCUUCUCCAACUCUUCCUGGUGCAACUUCUGUUCGAGGUGUGUUGGAAAAUGCAGCUCCUGCUAAUCCUUCUUCUCCUGUAACACUGACCAAUUCUGCAAAGGAGGAAGAAAUUGCUGGCUUCCCUGGCCGUAGAUCAUCACCCUCUCUUGCUGAUGCUGGCCUAGCAAGAGGCAUUGGUAGAGGUGGCCUCUCUAGCCAGCCUUCAUCGAGCAUUCCUCUCAGUCCUGGUGUAAUUCCAAGCAAUGGAGCUCUUGGUUCAGUACCUUCUGCUUCUGACAUUGCAAAGAGAAAUAUUUUGGGAACUGAUGAUAGACUUGGGAGUGGUGGAAUGGUGCAGCCUUUGGCAUCCCCACUAAGUAACCGAAUGAUCUUGCCUCAGGCUGGCAAGGGUAAUGAUGGAACAGGCGCAGUUGAUUCUAGUAAUGCUGGUGAAGCUGCUACAAUGGGUGGCAGAGUUUUCUCCCCUUUGGUCACUGGCAUGCAAUGGAGACCUGGAAGCUCCUUUCAAAAUCAGAAUGAACCGGGCCAAUUUCGUGCAAGAACUGAAAUAGCUCCUGAUCAAAGGGAGAAAUUUUUGCAGCGUCUUCAGCAAGUCCAGCAGCAAGGUCACAGUAACAUUCUUGGCAUGCCGCCUCUUACUGGUGGGAAUCAUAAGCAGUUUUCUACGCAACAAAACCCACUUUUGCAGCAGUUUAAUUCUCAAAGUUCAUCUGCCUCUCAAGCUAGUUUGGUACUUGGAGUUCAGGUAUCAGGUUUCAAUACUGUUACAUCUGCUGCUCUACAGCAGCCAAAUUCCAUCCAUCAGCAGUCUAAUCAGCAAGUUGUUAUGUCGAGUGGUUUGAAAGAUGCUGAAGUUGGCCAUCCAACAGUUGAGGAGCAGCAGCUAAUGCAGAAUUUACCUGAGGAUUCAACCACCGAUUCUGCUUCUACAGCUGGGCUUGGCAAGAGUCUUGUGAAUGAGGAUGAACUCACAGCUUCAUAUGCCAUGGAUACUUCUGCUGGAGCAUCUAGUUCCUUGACGGAGUCUGUACAAGUGCCAAGAGAUAUUGAUCUCUCUCCAGGGCAACCCCUACAAUCCAGUCAACCGUCAGGUGGCCUAGGUGUCAUUGGCCGGAGAAGUGUUUCGGACCUUGGUGCCAUUGGUGAUAAUCUCACUGGAUCUGCUAUAAAUUCUGGGGCAAUGCAUAAUCAGUUAUACAAUUUGCAGAUGCUUGAGGCUGCAUAUCACAAGCUUCCUCAACCUAAAGACUCUGAACGAGCUAGGAGCUAUAUUCCUAGGCACCCUGCAGCCACGCCUCCUAGCUAUCCUCAAGUGCAGACACCAACGGCAAGUAAUCCUGCAUUCUGGGAACGACUAAGCAUGGAUAGUUAUGGCACUGAUACCCUGUUCUUUGCUUUUUACUAUCAACAGAAUACCUAUCAGCAAUAUCUGGCGGCAAAAGAGCUAAAGAAGCAAUCUUGGAGAUACCACAGAAAAUACAACACCUGGUUUCAACGGCAUGAGGAGCCAAAAGUUACCACUGAUGAAUAUGAACAGGGGACUUAUGUGUAUUUUGAUUUCCAUGUUGGCAACGAGGACAAACAAGGAUGGUAUGCUGAUUUUGAUUUUGACUCUCCACUUGAUUCAUGGGAUAAGGAGCUGAUAUCUCCCACAGCACAGCACAAUAGAGAUUGGGGUGGAGGGAGGAAAAAGGAGUACAAAUUAUCAGCAGCAACAUCACAAUGCGAACAAAUGCAGAUUGACCACUGA